UAUCAAUUCGAAGGAGCAAACACGAGGAAGCUUCUCUACUGUUCUCUUGAGAGUGUCUGCAAGGGGAAACAAAAAAAAAAAAAAAACGAUCGAUGGCGGGAAUGGCAGAAAUGCAGAGGAGACAAGGAGGUAGACCAUUUGCUCUUACUGCAAGAGCUUUUCCUCCUCCUCCUCCUCCUCCUCCUCCUAUUGAUCGUGAGAAGACAUGUCCCCUAUUGCUUCGGGUUUUCACUAAGAUUGGAGAUCAUCAUAGCAACGAGGAUUUUGCAGUGAGAGGCAAGGAGCCGAAAGAUGAGGUUCAAAUUUAUACGUGGAAGGAUGCCACUCUUCGCGAGUUAACUGAUCUGGUCAAAGAGGUGACUCCAGCAGCUAGGAGAAGAGAUGCAAGACUGUCCUUUGCUUUUGUAUAUCCUGAUAAAAAUGGUCGUUUUGUAGUACGAGAGGUGGGCAAGACCAAUUCUCAUAGAAAUGGGAAAUUCGAUGACAACAAAGCAUUGGCUCAGCUUGGCUUCCAGAUUGGGGAUUACUUGGAUGUGGCAAUUUUUUAGAGUCUCUAUUAUGUCAAAUUGAGAAAGGGAUGGAUAGACAGUGGACUAAUAACCAUCGUAUGCAAAGAGCUUCAACAUUUUUGGUUGGACAAGAUGGUAUGUAGGGUAAUUUGAAGAAUAAAUGACAGAAUUUGUGCUCUACAUCACAUCUACAUCUUAUUCCGCCAUGUUCGGCGGUACUCCGAGUGUUUAGGCUUUAGAGAUCUGUGAAUGUACCAGGAAUGAGGUUUUAAUUCAUUUUCUUUUUUCCUUGGUUUUAA